UUCCUCUUUCUCCCCAUGCAUGAAACACAGCUGACCCUCCUGGAGAAGAAGCGCCAGCUGUCGGCGCAACUGGAGGAUGCCCGGGAGCUGCAGGAGCACGUGGCGCGGCGGGAGCGGCUGGUCUUUGCCUGUGUCUCACGCCGCCUGCCUAGUGAGCAGCUGCAGGACUACCAGCACUUUGUGCGCAUGAAGUCGGCCCUGGCCAUCCAGCAGCGCCAACUGGACGACAAGAUCAAGCUGGGCGAGGAGCAGUUGCGCUGCCUGCGGGAGAGCCUCCGCCGGACGGGGCCCCGGGACUCCUAGCCAUCCGGGUCGGGAUGCCCAGGAGGGAGGGGCCUCACGCUCCUUGAACCCUGCCCCCUUUGCACUUAUCUUCCCAUCCCUGGGAUCAUGCCCGUUGCCAAAAGGACUGCCAUGCUGACCUUUGCCCCCACCUUGCCAUAGGGGUAUUACCAAAGUGCUCUUGUGCCAAUAAGUAGAUGGUGCCCGCAUGGCUGUGAUGCAUUUUCCUUCAUGCCACAUAGAGGAAGCAUUGGAGGAACUGUGUGCUGACUGUCACUGUGUGGCCUCCUUGAAUGUGCUUUGGGGGGAGCCAUGACAGACAAAACAUGGACUGUGGCUCCUUUGGAGACCUUCCCAGCCCAGCUGAGGGCUCCUCAGGCCAAUCAGGAAGAAGGACAGCAGCACUGGGAUUCCUGGAGCUUCACUGGAAUGAUGCCAGCUACGAUGUGACUGACUACUGGGUAUAGUCUGCUGCCUUUUCUGCCUCUUGGCUGGCAAACCCACCAACCAGCAAAGGACCAAAGGCUCUUCUUGAAGCGGUGGCGCAGCAGCCUGACCAUGGGGCCCCAAGUUCUGUCUUUGCCUUCUGUGCCUGCAAUCUUUGGCACAUCCCUGCUCUUGCCUUAUUUAUUUACUUGUCUCAGCUUUGCAGUAAUUUUGCAUUCCAGCUUUAAAGUGAGGGGUUGUGCUGGGCAGUGGAGAGAGCUGGAUUUGCUCGCCUUUCCUGCAAGUUCCCCCAAGCCAUAAGUACCAAUGCGGCCUCUGUGUGUGUUCAUCAGGACAGGGGUCUCCAGUGCAGACGCAACCCUUUCUUCCAAGUCUCUGCCCCAGACCCCAACUUCCCUCCUUCCCAGGAAACUCAGUGCCUUGAUCCAAAGCCACUCUCCCUCCAAACUCAAGUCAACAGGAAAGCUCUCUCCUGUCUUGAGUCGCACUUAAGGCUGCUUUGGUUAUGAUGCAUUUCCCUUCAAGCCAUCAGAGGAAGUGUUGGAGAAGCUGCGUGCUGAUUGUCACAGUUUGGCCCCCUUAAACAUUCCUUGGGGGAAGCUUUAGCAGGCAGAGUAUUAGCCCCUUUUGCACAUCAGCUGUGAUUCCUUUGGGUGCUUCCCCAGCCCCCAAAAUCCUCUGGGCAGAACGGGACCCUGCCUGUGUUGACUUGCCUGGGCCUUUUAUGAGAGGUGCUGUGUUCCAUCAUUUCUGGCCUCACAGGUCUUACAUAGCCUGAGGCUGCUUUUGCCCACGAAGGAAACCUCUCUGCCUGGGAUGCCUGGGAAGCCAGACGGGUUCAUGGCUCCUCUCUCCUUUUUCCAGCCUUGGACAUUCCUCCCCCAUUCAGGACCAAAGGAAUGUGCUGGGAUCCUGCCACAGGCCCCCACAUCCUUUUCCUCUCCAUUGUUGUUGGAACAAUGUUGGAAAGGCUGGACUCCUCCUCCCUUUAACCCUUCACGAAAGUGGAUGGAGUAGGAAUGGAGCUCCCCAAACGAGAUAGGCCAUCAGCGUGAAGUCCUGUAGUGAGCCCUUCAUUUCCUCCAUCUACCCAAAAGGGCUUGUCAUGGCCUCACCCCUCCUGGCAUUUGGUCUUGGCACCAGGGUGGGCUUCUCCAACCCCAAGCCACCCCAUCUCCUGCACACCUUUUUGCCUUUGCCCCAGAUCCUUUCUAGGCUCUGCCAGGAAGAGGUGGCUCACAUCUGGAGGGGCUUCCCUUUGAAACCUCCCUUCUCUGACCUCUUGCCCUUCUCCACUCAUCCCUAUCUUCUCCUUCCCUUUGGGUCCCCCAACCCAGGCAAGAGCAUCCUCAGCAAGAUCAGGGAAUGAGGGAGGGAGAAGGUGCAGGGCCUAGUUUGCCAAUGGGCUGCAGGUAAGAGACUCCCCUUUGGCCCUAAGGAGGAAGAGAGCAAACAACCUCCGAAGUAAAACUUCUUUCCCAGUCCAGGCAGGAAAGGCUCUCCACAGCUCCCGUGGGGAGGGUGGGUUUUGGACUCCAAAUGAGGGAGCAUUCCUGGAAUCCACAUCUGAAAGAGAAGGAACUCCAGUGGGAGAUGCUUGCUAUUGUUUUCCUGCAGCCGCAGUGGCAUUCCAGCCGCCAACGCCUAGCCUGACUCUUCAUUGCCAUAGGCCCUGUUUACUUUCUCAUCCAGUGCAUUCCCCCCAAACACUCUCCAGAUUUGGCUCCGUGUGUGCCUCUUGUUUAGUUCAGAGGGGCAAUCCUGUUGUUUGCUGGCCUGGCCGCCUUGUAACAUUUGGGCAUGGCAGCUGUGCCACUCUUGGAAACCAAUCCUAUCCCAGGUGCCUAUUCCAGUGUGCUCUUCUUGACUUCCGGUGGGCACAGCACUUCCAUCCCUUCCCCAUCUGAGACCCAUAAUUCCUUUCAGGUUUGGGCUGCCAUUUCUGCUCCUAUCCUUUGCUUUCUCUCUUCCAAAGAUGAUUAGAUUAGGAGGAAGGAGGCAUGUGGCCUGUAUCUCUGUUCCCAGAACCAAAGGCUGCGCGUGUGCCCUGUUUUUAGUGAAACAAGGCCUUUCCUCUGACCAUUUUGCACAGGUCUUCCCAAAACAACGGGCAUGGAAGCCCUCAUCUGAAUGCAGACCAAAGUCAAGGGGAAGGAGGACUCUGUUAGGCUUCUCUUGGCCUAGGGGAACUUUCUCUGUAGCUUCUCCCUGAAUGCAAAACUAUUUUCAAGAAGGAAAGUGCCAAAAUUGCCAAAUGCUGAAUGUAAAAGAAAGAAAACACAGCAGGGAUAAUCUCUCCAUCCUCCCCUUUUGAAUACAUAUUGUGUGGGUGGAUCCUUGCAGAUGUUAAUAGGCCUCCUUUUGCUAAAGCUUCCAAUGAGCACAUAUACAGUUGGCAGCAACGUGAAGCCCUCUCUCUUCCAGCGUACAUUGGAAACAGGCAUCCCCCAAGACCACCCCAUCUCCUGCACACCUUUUUGCCUUUGCCCCAACUCUUUUCUAGGCUCUGCCAGGAAGAGGUGGCUCACACCUGCACUCUUUCCAUGCUCAGAGGCCCCGUAUUUCAACCCCUUUCUUGCCUUGCCCACUUGGCCAUCCUUGGGCUCAGCAGAGCAACCUCCUUCUUGCUCAAGCUGGAGGUAGACCCCAAAUUGCCAUUGCCUUUUUGUUGCUAUGUGAUUAAGAGACUCUGCUGCUAGGUUGUAAUUCUGUGCUUCCUACACAUGAAAGGAAAAAAGAAAGAAAAAUCUAUGGUGGUUGCCAUCCAGUGUUUCCUCGCAGGCAGGUGGCCUUUUUGUGGUGUUUCUGGAGGUGUUGCCUUUUCUCUGGGCCUGCAGUGGGAGGAAGGGCACACAAUCACAACAUUAAAAGUGGUGCUCACAGCUU